GAGAAGUCCGAGAGCACGAAGCCAAAACAUCCGGAGAGUAGAUCACCGGAGCGCGCGAUGUAUAACAAGUCUGGGGAUUUAAACGCGCCGCGGGUCGGCGGCUCCGGGACUGACCACGAACUCGUUAUCACGUCCACUUUCGGGACGCUUCUCUCCUUCGUCUACAUCAUCGGAGUGUCGGGGAAUGUGUACACGCUAGUGGUGAUGUGCCACUCGAUCCGCUUCGCCACCUCCAUGUACAUCUCCAUCAUCAACCUGGCCGUGGCGGACCUGCUCUACCUCUCCACCAUCCCCUUCGUUGUGUCCACCUACUUCCUAAAGGACUGGUACUUCGGGGAUGUGGGCUGCCGCAUCCUGCUCAGCCUGGACCUCCUCACCAUGCACGCCAGCAUCUUUACGCUCACCGUCAUGUGCACGGAGCGCUACCUGGCCGUCACCAAGCCACUGGACACGGUGAGACGCUCCAAGAGUUACCGUAAAGCUCUAGCGUGGGGGGUCUGGCUGCUCUCUCUGGUCCUCACUGUGCCCAUGAUGAUAAUGGUCGCCCAGACUACCAAGAAGACGCCGGAUGGAGGUGUGAAGCGGAUGUGCGCACCCACCUGGGCGCCCGUGGCUUAUAAAGUCUAUGUGACGGUCCUGUUUGGCACCAGCAUCAUGGCACCGGGGCUCAUCAUCGGCUACCUGUACGUCAAGUUGGCGCGCACUUAUUUGGAGUCGGAGCGCAACACUGUGAUCAGCAGAGGCGCCAAGCGGUCACCGAAGCAGAAAGUGCUCAUCAUGAUUUUCACCAUCGUGCUGGUGUUCUGGGCGUGCUUCCUUCCCUUCUGGAUCUGGCAGCUGUUGCCUCUGUACCACACCAAGCCGCUGAGCCUGGCCUCGCAGACGCACACCUGCAUUAACUACCUGGUGGCGAGCCUCACAUACAGCAACAGCUGCAUUAACCCUUUCCUGUACACGCUGCUCACCAAGAACUACAGGGAGUACCUGAAGAACAGGCACAGGAGCUUCUACAGGUACACGUCCUCGUUCAAGCAGCGGCCGCCUAGCCUCUACUCGUGGGGGAAGUCCGCGUCCUCCGGCAAUCAAUUUGAGUUCAACUCCGAGACGCUGGUCAUGGGGACGUUCAAGUGACUUGUCAAUCACCUUGAGGAAAAGAGGAAGAUUUUGGAACAGCACUAGGGCUGGUUCGAGCCAGUGAGCAGCGGCGUCACCCGUGGGUGCCUCAGGGCAAGGCGGGGUCAGAGAUGGCGUGUGCAG